AUGGCUGCUUCUUCAUCCUAUUCUCCUCAAUUGAAGUAUCAAGUUUUCUUGAGCUUCAGAGGUGAGGACACGCGCCUCAAUUUCACCGGCCAUCUACUCAAAGCUUUGAAAGACACCGGAAUGAAUGUCUUCUUCGAUGAAGAAAAACUGGAAAAAGGGGAGCAACUUUCACUCGCACUCUCCCAAGCAAUUGCAGCAUCGAGUCUCUGGAUAAUCGUCUUAUCUGCCGACUAUGCUUCUUCCAAAUCAUGCUUAGCCGAGCUCUCUGAUAUCAUGGAUCGCAAGCACAGUCAAGAACAUAUCGUUCUUCCCAUAUUUUACCAUGUUGAUCCCUCCGAUGUACGGAAUCUCAGUGGACGCUUCAAAACAUCCUUUGAAGAACAUGAAUCAAAUAGGCCACUCGAUGAAGUCAAGAGAUGGAAAGCUGCAUUUGUUGAGAUCGGUAAAAUAAAGGGGAGGCAUAUAGACGGAGGCAAAUUCGAUAGAUCUGAUACCGAGUACAUUCACGAUGUCGUUCAAUAUGUCAUGGAAAAGUUGAAUAACAAGUCUAGUAGUGUUUCUGAAGAACUUGUUGGAAUAGAAUAUGAGAAAAAGAUGAUUAUGAACCUGAUCGAACAAGGAAACGGUCGAAUAAUAGGACUUUGGGGAAUGGGUGUAUCGGAAGUUUGUAUAGACACCCCCUCCAUCCUAUCCACUUUUAUCCGAGAGAGGCUCAACAAUAUAAAAGCAAUUGUUGUCCUUGAUGAUGUCAAUGAUUCAGACCAAAUAGAUGUUAUGGGUGUUAAAUAUUUGGGCGAUGGAAGUAAAACUGUUGUAACAUCAAGAGAUAGACAAGUGCUUAAGAAUGGAGGAGCUGACAAAAUAGACGAGGUAAAAAAGCUAAAUGUGAUCGAUUCUCUUCGACUUUUUUCUACAUUUGCAUUCAACCUGUUGAAUCCAACUGUUGAUUUUCAAGAUUUAUCGUACAAGUUUGUGCAGUACGCCCAAGGCAGUCCACUUGCUCUUAAAGUCUUGGGUUAUAAACCGUAUAAAAAGUGCAGAAAAGACUGGGAAAGCGAGGAUCUUGUUAAUUUAAAGGUGUUGAGAGAGCUCAGUAACCAUGAGUUUGCAACAUAG